ACAGGGUUUGUUUGAUUUGGUACCCAGCAUCCACCGGUUCCAUGCGUAUCCUAGCGGUCGUGGUUCGCUUGCUAACCGGGGUCAUGCGUUUCGUUUAGCCGCGUGUAGCAACUCAAAUGAACACAGAUGCAUGGAGAGAAUACGCCACAUUAGAACAAAUGCUUGAAUAGCUGCAGUUAUCCGACUGUGUGUGCGCUCUAACACCCCGGCUUGGAAAUUGAGGAGGCACAGUAACAGCGCGACAAUUGAGGCGCCGAGCACUAACAGCAGCGGAACACCUCGUCAAAAUGGCAACCCCUUAUGUGACAGACGAAUCUGGGAAGUAUAUCGCGGCAACACAGCGUCCUGAUGGAACAUGGAGGAAACCCCGGAAAGUGAAGGACGGUUACGUACCUCAGGAGGAAGUGCCAGUAUACGAAAACAAAUACGUGAAGUUUUUCAAGAGCAAACCAGACCUUCCACCUGGUCUGAACGCCGCUCCAGCCAAGCAGCAGCAGAGGGUCCACGGCUCUGGAGACAGCGAUGGCGCCGGACUCUCCAAGUCGGCCAAACGCAACAUGAAGCGUAAGGAAAAGAAAAAACAGCAGCAGCAACAAGGCCAGGAUGGAGAAGAAGACGCGGACGUCGAGUCCAUCAGCAACGCUGUGGAAAGUGUCUCCAUUGCCCAGGACAAAGAGUCUGUCAACGAGGCAGCGCCACCAUCUGGUGAUUCCGCGGCGAGCGAAAAGGCCAAGAAGAUUAAAAACCUGAAGAAAAAGCUGCGUCAGGUGGAGGAACUGAAACAGAAAGUGGACUCUGGGGAAAUAAAGCAGCCGACAAAAGAUCAGCUGGAGAAGCUGGGGCGAGCGAAGGCUUUGGAGGAGGAGCUGGAGGAGCUGGAGCGGGAUUCUUAAAACGUUCACACACACACACACACACACUCUGACAGGGAGGAAGGACUUCGUUAUCACCGUCUCCAUUUAAGAUAUUUCCACUCUCGUUCAUCGACACACAGAACUCGGAACCGUUUUUUCUACAUUCAGACCUUUAAAGUACAUCAUAGUAUUUACUCAUGUACUUCUGUUGACUCUGCCGUUUGUUUAUAAACCUGUUGAGAAAUAACUCAUCAUGACUUGUUUUGCAUGUCUUUUCCAUUUUGUACUUUUCUUAUAGCCACCGGUAUUUGUACAGAGUAAAAAAAAAAGUUUUUGUCAGUGACGACAAAUUCCAUCGACUUUUCUUCCUAAAUAUUUCUGGUAAUAUUGAGACAGUCCUGUGUGGACACUUCAGUCUGUACAGUCAUUACACAAAUUAAAGUGACUUCCGAUGACCUAUGCAA